UUACAGAUUAUAUGGCUUGCUUAACAAUCGCUGAUAUAAUAAAUCAAUGGAAUGCUGACAAAUUUGGUAUUUUGGCAUGCUUUGUUGCAGUAUUUAUAUUUGCAUAUUGGAUAACAUUAGCACGGUGGUUUGCAACAAAGUUGAAACCUUUGCUACCUCGAAGGACUCAUCAUAAUGCAGUGGAUUCCCAAAUCGAAACUUUGGCGUUGGAGGUGAGACAGAUGAAAUCAGAAUUGGAUGCACUCUCACCAACAGCUCAGUUUGCAGCCUAUUUCAAGAAGGAACGAAGUUUGAAACAGUUGUUGACUGAACUGAAUGCAUUAACUAUGGAACGUGAAAAAAAUUCCGGAAUGACGUCCACACUGUUAUUGGUUGCUAGUGGAAUAUUCGUACAAUUGAUAGCUGUUUUGCUAAUGUUUUAUUCUCGUAGAGUUAUAAUUGGACGUAUUAAUUCCUCGUAUUUUUGGCCAUUCAACUUCUUGCUCUAUAUACCUAAUUUUUCGGCAUCGACGAAUGUCGAUGACAAUGUUGAAGGGACACCCGUGACGCUUUUCGCAUUUCUUUCACUUGUAAUAUUUGUUUGGCGCAAUAUCUACUCAAGAGAGAGUAGUGGCAUGAAAUCGCCGAUAUUAUGAUAUGAACAGCUAGUUAGCUCAAAUAUCGUUGUUGUUGUUGUUGAUCUCUUAUCAUCUUUAAUGUAUAUUUGUUCAUAUUUUAUGAGGUGUUAGUCAGAUGUCAGAUGAUGUAAAGUGCUUUAGGUUCCUUGUUCUGUACAUUGUCUGAUGGCCGUUUGUUCUCAGUUUUAUUACUCUUGUCUUUUAAGUUCAUUCCAAUGGUGACAGCUUUUAUUGUCAUAAUGCUGUCCAAUUGUUGUGUUAAUUGAAUUAAAAUUUCGUUCAACUAUAGGAGGGUGUCAUUCAAUGUUCAUAUCAGCGGUGUACCGCGUUCAGCGAUUUCAUCAGUCUUCGG